AUGUAUCAAUACCUCGCAACCGAACAGCGGGACGACCAAUGCUACCACGAGGCAGCCAUUGCGUGUCGUGCCGCUAUCAAACUUUACUUCGGUUCAAAGUCGACAAAACCCGACGCCAGUCGGAGUCCAGCAUCCGACGUCAAUGUCCAUCGUCCAACGGCCAGCGUCCAAAGAAUAGACCUAGCACAAAUUUUGGAGUUCAAGCAUAUCUCGCCAGCCGUGACGAUCGGCAUCCAUCGCGGCGCACAAUAUGUCUGGAUACUGAAUAGGGGCCUUGCGACGGGCGAGGACAGUCACCAACGAGUGUGGAAAAACUCAACAUGA